GAGGACGAUCACGGCAGGUCCUUCCUCAGGUUUCGGCCAGCAAACAAAGAAGACACCGGUGUUUACAAAGUCGUGGCGAGGAACAAACACGGCCAGACUGUUUGCAAAGGCCGGCUUUUGGUUGCACAUCGACCCGGUGUGAUGGAAGGACCACUUCCGGGGGAAAUUUCUGACACUGAGAUCGUGCUGAAAUGGGAUCUUCCUUUGGAUGAUGGAAAUUCGCCCAUCAUCUGCUAUGGUUUGCAAUAUCGGCAAGCAGGUGCCCCAAAGGUCAAAGUGUCUCGGGCAAUGAAGCACCUGCAGCUUCUCACAGAGAAGGGCUUUGAGAUUGAGGACGAGAACAAACGACCCCCUCUGGAUUACUCCAUUGAAGAGAAUCCUGUGCCAUUUUCCGAAGGGGACCCGAAGGAGAAGUAUCACUUUAUUGCCGAAUUGGACAGGGGUCGGUUCUCGGUGAUCGUGAAGGCCUUCGAACCCGUGAAGGAGCAGUUCUUCGUGGCCAAGGUGAUCUCCACAGAGGGACUGGACAAAUUGGAAUGGGCCCAGCGAGAGUACUUCCACCUAAGCAGACUGCGCCACGAGCGACUGGCCAUCAUGCACGAGGCC